CUCCGACGAGAACGUUCGCGAUCAAUUGGCGGUACUUGGAUCGUGUCAGUUCAGUGAUUUAUUCAGAGAGCAUGCGGAACAUGUUAGUCGAACUAGCCAAGCGAUAACACAAUUAUUUGUAUGAAUAUUAUUACAUAACAAAUAUACCUUAACAAUUAUUUUGCUGAUAAAGAUCAGUCAAGGUCAAACAACAAUAUAGUUUGCAAAAAAAUCAACAAUUUAUCUGUUGAAAUUCACAUUUAAGUGAAAUAAUUAAUAAAAUCAGUUAAAUGGUGGAAAAAACGUUUAUUUCGGAUGGUGUGGAGCGGCUGAAGAGUCUGCCAUGGCGUCAAUUAUUCUAUAUGUUUUAUAUAGAACCGAUUAUAUUCACGUUGAUUUUUUCGCACAUGCUUUCAGCCACUGUGAUGCGAAAUGAGAUUAUGUAUCAAACAUGCAAGGUUAUUUUCCAUUACAACGAGACAGAUUGCAAGCGGUUGGAUGACAAAGAGGCUGGCCCAGAGAUACAUGCCAUUGAAACUGAGAUACAAUCUUAUGUUGCCGAUAUGUUUCUUACUCGCACAUUAAUGGAAAGCAUUGUUCCAGCCAUAUGCGGCUUAUUCUCAGGAUCAUGGUCGGAUCAUUAUGGCCGGAAGCCUUUGCUGAUUGCCUCGAUGAUUGGCUUUUCUGGUUCAUCGGUGAUAAACACCAUAAUUUGUGCUCUAUCCAGUAAAUAUGAGAUCAAUCCCUGGUGGUAUACACUAGCCGCAUUACCUCAUUCACUUUUAGGCGGCAUGUGUGUGUUUUCAGUGGCUGCAUUUUGCUUUAUUUCAGAUAUAACUGACAUAAAAACAAGGCCAUACAGAAUGAUAUUUAUGGAGAUGCUGUUCUUCAUAGCCCUUAGCAGCGGUUCCCUAUUGUCUAGCUAUGUUUAUGCUGCUACUAGUGCAGCUGUCACUCAAGGCAUCUCUGCUUCGCUUAUCACUGCGGUUACCGUCUAUAUCAUAUUCUAUUUACCCGAGAGCUUGCACAUACGUCAAGAACAAGAAGCGAGAGAAGCGGAAUUGAAAAGUGUAGCUAUUGAAUGCUCUGAUAAAAUAGAUAAUGAUGAAAAGCAAGAGAAGGCCAAAGAGAAAGAUGAGGAUGAGAAAAAAGGUUCUGAUUCGGAUGAGUUAAAACAGAAGUCAGAAAACCUCGAAGUCGAAACGGAAACAAAGAAGGCAGGUCUGUUUAGUCUUAUGCAUUUGAAGGAGAUGCUAAUAACAUGCUCGAAGCCUCGUGAAUAUAAUGCCCGUGCAAUUAUUUGGCUGGUGACAUUGGCUAUGUUUGUGACCAUGUUCGUUGGGGAUGGUGCUAUGGGUGUCAUGUAUCUGUUUGUCCGCCAAAAGUUCCAUUGGUCAAUAAGAGAGUUUACGUUCUUUGAGACUGUAAGUCAACUGGUGCCCAUGAUUGGUGCACUCGUUGGUUUUCUCAUACUGCGCAAGGUAUUUGGCUUAUCUGUGGUAGUUUUGGCGCUGUUAUCUCUUGGCUCGGAGAUAUUGAACAAUCUGGCCAAGGGUUUUGCUGACCUGCCUUGGCACAUGUAUUUAUCAAUUGCUCUGGGAGUAUUUAGAUCCAUUGGUGGUCCCAUGUGCCGCACUAUUGUUUCCAAUAUAGUGCCUGCUUCAGAUUUGGGUAAAAUAUUCUCCAUUAAAAAUGUGCUUCAAUCCUUUGCACCUUUCGUUGCUGCCCCGCUUUAUACUUUCAUCUAUCAGAACACAUUGGCCUUUUGUCCAGGUCUUUUCAAUUUUCUUAGCGCAGCGCUAUUCUUGGUGGCAUUUGCGGCCAUUGUCGGUGUUCUGCAUAUUAAACUUAAACACAAGCAACAUUACGAGGAAUCGCUAAAGUAAUCCUAAUGAUUACAUAAAUGUAUCGACAAAUAAAAGUAUACACAAAGUCUUUCCGAUAUUAAGAAAUCUUGAACACACAUUAUUAGUGCUCAAAGCAGUGCUAAGUUUAUUAAAAAAUCGUGAAG